AUGAAAAAGCAGAGACAGCCAAGGAUUUUAAAAGGAGCAGUUCCUGGGAGGAAGAAUAAAUACGCUGAUAGCUUUCGUGCAGAGGAGAAUACAGUACUGGUAAACAAGCUUUGCCAGUACUACCAAUGUAUGUUUUGGGGAGCAGCCAAAAAGACUUCAAGAGCAAAGAAGGACAAUCGGUGGAGGAAGAUUGUGGCAGCGGUGAAUGCUGUUGGAGGGAACAACCGCACCCAGGAGGUGGUGAAGAAACGUUACUACGACAUCAGGCGGAUGGUGAAGAGGAAGGUGAAGGCAGCAGCCGCCUCCAGGAAGACAGGAGGCGGUUCACAAGAACCAGACCUGCUGCCCUAUGAAGAGGAGCUCCUGCAGUUCCUGGGAAGAGACAACCUCCUUGGGAUUGAGGGGACAUCUGGUGCUGAAACAUCUGAAGUGCAAGCCCCUCAAUCCCCAGAAGAGGCACCAGGAACUGCAGGAGAUGCUGUCUGCAUGGAGAGCAGGGCAGCAGGUUCACCUCCUGUCUCCCUGGAAAUGCGCCUGGCUUCACUUUCCUCUCACCAUCCGCAACUUGUCGACGUUUCUUCACCACGUAUGAGUGUGGUUUCCCUCCAACAGCCGGCCACUGGUGUCCAGGAACAGGGAUCCACUGCUGAGCGUUCUGAUGGUACUCUCCCCCUGAAAGAGGAGGGUACCAUUACCCUAACAGCAGUGGAUCCUGAUUCAGUGACAUCAGUGGCCGAAGAACAGUCGCCACAACUUCCUCCACCGUUGGCUGUGCUGUAUGCGACGAUCCAGGCUUGUCAAGCUGAACUGGAGACGUCCAUACAGCAGGAUAGGGAGAAUCAUUGA